UCUGUCAUCCAUGGACACCGAGGAGGAGGCGGAAGGGAGAUGGGAGAAGAAAGCCAGAAGAGAGCGUUGGUGGAGGAGGAAGAGGAUAAUAAUAAUAAGAAGAAGAAGAAGAAGAAGGAGAAGGAUGAGCAGUAUGUGGCGUUUCACAGACUGUUCGCCUUCGCCGACACCCGCGACAUGGUGCUGAUGGUUGUCGGCACCAUUUCAGCGGUCGCCAACGGGAUGGCCAUGCCGAUGAUGACCCUCAUUUUCGGCCAAAUCAUCAACGCCUUCGGCGACGCUACCAGGGACACCGUGCUUCACCAAGUCUCCGAGGUGGUUUUGAAGUUUGUAUAUUUGGGUCUCGGAACAUCAGUAGCUGCCCUUCUACAGGUUUCAUUCUGGAUGGUGACCGGAGAAAGACAAGCUGCACGAAUUCGAGCAUUAUACCUGGAAACUAUACUUAAACAGGAUAUAGCCUUCUUUGAUAAGGAAAUGACUAGUGGAGAAGCAAUGCAGAGAAUGUCUGGAGACACAUUACUCAUUCAAGAGGCUAUUGGUGAAAAGGUUGGGAAGUUCAUACAACUCAUGUCCACUUUUGUUGGUGGCUUUAUCGUUGCAUUUCUAAAAGGGUGGCUUCUAGCACUUGUUAUGCUUUCUUGUUUGCCUUCCAUUAUCAUUGCUGGUGCAACCAUGACAUGGGUGAUAACAAAAUUGUCCAGCCGUGGGCAAGCGGCAUAUUCUGAAGCAGCCAAUAUUGUGGAACAGACCAUUGGGUGCAUCAGAACUGUUGUCUCAUUCACUAGUGAAGAACGCUCAGUUGAACUAUACAAGAAGUCCAUAAAAACUGCAUAUAGAUCUUUUGUUCAGGAAGGUGUAGCUUCUGGCUUGGGAAUUGGUGUUCUUGUAUUGGUUGUGUUUUGUAGCUACGGGAUGGCUACUUGGUAUGGCGCCAAACUGAUCAUAGACAAAGGUUACAAUGGUGGAAUGGUGAUCAAUGUGAUGAUUGCAAUUAUGGUCAGCGGAAUGUCUUUGGGUGAGACGUCGCCAUGUAUCAGUGCAUUUGCAGCUGGUAGAGCUGCAGCUUACAGAAUGUUUGAGACAAUCAAAAGGAAACCUGAAAUUGAUUCUAACAGUACAAGUGGAAUCGUCUUGGAAGAUGUUAAAGGCAAGAUUGAACUGAAAGAUGUGCACUUCAGCUAUCCAAUGAGGCCCGAGCAACUGGUAUUUAAUGGAUUGUCAUUGUGUGUUCCGAGUGGAACCUCAAUGGCCAUAGUUGGAGAAAGUGGAUCCGGAAAAUCCACUGUGAUUAGUCUCAUAGAGAGAUUCUAUGAUCCUCAAGCAGGUGAAGUGCUGAUAGAUGGCAUCAACCUGAAGACCCUGAGACUCCGACAUAUACGAGAAAAAAUUGGAUUAGUAAGUCAGGAGCCUGUUUUGUUCGGAACAACUAUCAAGGAGAACAUUGCAUAUGGGAGGGAAAAUGCAACACUUGAAGAAAUAAAAAGAGCAAGUGAGCUUGCUAAUGCUGCAAGAUUCAUUGACAAGUUCCCCAAUGGUCUGGAUACAACAGUUGGUGAGCAUGGAACACAGCUCUCUGGUGGACAAAAACAACGGAUAGCAAUUGCCAGAGCAAUCCUCAAAGAUCCCAAGAUCUUGUUACUUGAUGAAGCAACAAGUGCUUUAGAUACAGAAUCUGAGAGAAUAAUUCAAGACGCAUUAAGUAGGAUCAUGUCAGAAAGAACUACAAUAAUUGUAGCACAUCGCUUGAGCACUGUGAGGAAUGCUGACACCAUAACUGUUCUGCACGAAGGAAAAGUUGUAGAACAAGGUUCUCAUUCAACUUUAAUAAAAGAUUCCAACGGUGCUUACUCUCAACUCAUACGUUUACAAGCGAUUCACCGAGAAGAAGAGAAUUCAACUGAGAAUGAAAGGCGUGGACCAAAGAUUGAUGCUACAAAAUCUAAUAGUGCAUCCUUUGGACGGAUAUCCCUAAACAGAUCGUGUAGCAGAGGUUCUUCAUUGGGUGGGAGCAGUCGUCACACUUUUAAUUUAGGAUUUGGUCUGCCUGGCUCUGUUGAUGUACAAGAUGGAAAUUUUAUGGUAGAGGAAGAUAAAGAAAGGUUGACUGGUCAUGAUAAGCUUGGCAAGAACACCCCCGUCAGGAGACUUGCUUAUCUCAACAAGCCAGAGACACCAAUUCUGAUUUUGGGAUCCAUUGCAUCAGCAGUGUAUGGAGUAGUCUUCCCAGUUUUUGGAAUUCUCAUUUCUAGUUCAAUAAAGACAUUCUUUGAGCCAGCACAUGAACUACGAAAGCAUGCGAGAUUUUGGGCAUUGAUGUACCUGAUCUUGGGCCUCAUUGCUUUGCUUUCUUCGGCAUUCCAAUAUUUCUUCUUUGCUAUUGCGGGCGGAAAGUUGGUUGAGCGCAUCCGUGCUUUAUCAUUUCAGAAAGUUGUUCACCAAGAAAUUGGUUGGUUUGAUGAACCUUCAAAUUCGAGUGGCGCAAUUGGUUCAAGGCUAUCAGUAGAUGCUGCAAUUGUUCGAAGUCUCGUUGGAGAUAACUUGGCCAUGAUGGUGCAGAGCAUAUCGACAGUUACUGCAGGGAUUGUUAUUGCGCUAGUCGCAAACUGGAGACUAACUCUAAUUAUUAUUGUUGUCAUACCUCUGGUGGGUUUUCAAGGUUAUCUUCAAAUAAAGUUCUUGAAGGGCUUCAGCGCAGAUGCUAAGGCUAUGUAUGAAGAAGCUAGUCAAGUGGCAAGUGAUGCAAUCAGCAGUAUACGAACAGUUGCCUCUUUUUCUGCUGAAAGAAGGGUGAUGGACGCAUACAAAGAGAAAUGUGAAGCUCCCUUGAAACAUGGCAUUCGUCGAGGGAUUGCCAGUGGUUUAGGCUUUGGCUUCUCAUCCAUGAUACUUUAUUUCACAUAUGCCCUUUGCUUUUACGUCGGAGCAAGAUUCGUCAAAAACGGCUUGGUCGAUUUUAAUGAAAUUUUCAGAAUUUUCUUUUGCUUAACAGUGGCAACAAUUGUAAGUUCGAACACAAGUGCACUAGGUCCUGAUACCACUAAAGCUAAAGCUUCAGCUGCUUCGAUUUUCUCAAUCAUUGAUAGAAAGUCCAACAUUGAUUCAAGCAGCGGAGAGGGUGUGGUUUUAACGAACGUAAUGGGCGACAUAGAGUUCCUGCACGUCAUGUUCAAGUAUCCGGCUCGCCCUGUUCAAAUCUUCACCGACUUGUGCUUGACUAUUAGUUCAGGAAAGACUGUUGCGCUCGUCGGGGAAAGCGGUUGUGGGAAAUCAACAGCAAUUGCACUAUUGGAGAGAUUCUAUGACCCAGAUUCAGGUAGUAUUUCAUUUGACGGAAUAGAUAUCAAGAUGCUUAAAGUAAAAUGGCUAAGGCAACAAAUGGGUUUGGUUAGCCAAGAGCCGGUAUUAUUCAAUGACACAAUUCGAGCCAACAUAGCAUACGGCAAGGAAGGAGCUGUGACAGAAGAAGAGAUUGUUGCGGCUGCAGAAAUAGCCAAUGCACAUCACUUUGUAUCAGGUUUGCCUCAAGGAUAUGAAACGUUAGUAGGAGAAAGAGGCAUCCAACUUUCUGGCGGCCAAAAACAACGCGUUGCAAUUGCUCGUGCCAUUUUGAAGAAUCCUAAGGUUUUGCUACUAGAUGAGGCAACAAGCGCUCUGGAUGCCGAAUCAGAACAUGUGGUACAAGAAGCAUUAGAUCAUGCUAUGGUCGGUAGAACAACAUUGAUUGUGGCGCACCGCCUAUCAACGAUAAAGGGUGCUAACACAAUUGCAGUUCUCAAGAACGGCGUCAUUGUUGAGAAAGGCAGCCAUGAAACCUUGAUUGAUCGCAAAGAUGGAGUUUAUGCUUCCUCGGUAUCACUUUAUAUGAGCUCCAGUUGAAAAUCAUUCAUGGAGCUUAGUAUUGUAUGAGUUCGUGCUUCUCUUGUGGUUUUUUUUUUAUCAAUCUUUUAAAGACCGAGAAGCGUAGUUUCUACAUUUAAAAAGCAAGAAGAUUGUAAUUUUUAUGUAUAAUUUCCUUCUUGUCGCUUUCCACGAGCACAAGCUGUAAAGCAUUCGUGGAGGUUAGUAAAAGCAAGAAGAUCCUAUAAAAUUCCUAAUUUUCAUGCAUAA